AUGCCAGCGCAUGACGAUGGUGACCACAGUCCAAGUUCAAGAAGCGAUGCCUCGAGCGUUCCUGAGACCUUUGCUAAUGAAGAUAUCGCAGAGGAGAUCAACGCAGCAACGUUCGAAGAGCUGCGUAUGCCAAAGGAGACCGCGGCAGCCAUGCUUAAGGCCUGGCAUGCCUUCAUCGCUUGCUUUGAUUCCCGAGAUUCAGCUGCAUCAUCGCUGUAUGGCGUAAUCUUUGACAGUGUCCCCUCGCUCCAAGUUCUUUUCAAGACCCCCAAGGUCAUCCAAUCCAUCCGCCUCAUCGAUGAGCUGCAGACCGUCGUGGAGCACCUGCUGAAGCCAAAAGAGCUGAAGCAGAUGGGGGAGUCACUCGCUUUUCGUCAUCUCAACUUCGAGGUUACAAUCCCACGGGCAAUGAUCUUUCGUGACGCCAUCGUGGAUUGUCUGGCAGCGGAGCUGGGCGAGAACUUUGCCCCAGAGGUCAGGACAGGAUAUAUGAUUCUCUUUGGAUGGAUAGGAGGGGCAUGCAUUUAUGUCAGAAAUGAGUUUGCAGACCGCCUCAAGAUUCUGCGAGAAAGCUGGGCGAAAGUCAAUGCUGGCCGAGCCAAGCAAGAAGAAGCAAGGAUAGAAGAGGAGGAGGCUGCGGAAGCUCAGGAGGUGCUUGAGGACAGCUGCACGCUGCUCACUGGGCUCGCAGAGCCCUUUCACCCGCCAUCUGCAGCCGUUUCUGCACGAGUCCUCGGAGGCGCUGGCGACGAGAUCGAGAACCCGAGGGUUACGCCGCUGCGCCCUCCGCACCUCCGGCGCCAGCAGGCGUCUGACCCGGCACUCUGGAGCAGAACGGUUUCCAAAUUCGUUUUCUCUGACGAGGCAGAGGUGCAGGUGGUCUUCGACAUGGAAACCGGCGAUCCUGACGAUGUCCUCACUUUGCUGCUGCUGGCGGCAAAUCCGAGAGUCCGCCUGCGUGCGGUGACCAUCACUCCCGGUGCAGCAGAGCAAGUCGCCUUGGUUCUCUGGGUUCUGCAGGAGCUGCAGCUGCCAGGUGUGCGAGUAGGAGCACAAGAAUGGCCCAAGAACGGGGACAAGAAGUGUAUGCGUGGCAAGUUUUACCACAGCUUUGGUCGCGUCCCUGAGAAGUUGUUGCAAGGUGCUCGCAUCGAGACGGCCACGCAAGUGUUGCUGGAGUGCUGUGAUGCAAGCACGACGCUCCUCACAGGAGGCCCUUUGCACAACUUGGGCGCAGCUUUGGAGAUCGGUGGUUUCAGCCUGGGCAGAUGGGUGGCACAGGGAGGCUUUGCUGGCGAUGGUGUGGUGCCGAAGCACUUGCAGAUGGAGAAGUUUGCAGGGAGAACGACAUGUGAAACUUGGAACUUCAAUGGCAACCGGCCUGCAGCACAUGCAGCUCUGGCCAGCGAAGCCAUUAGCAGAAAAGUUCUGGUAUCCAAGAACGUUUGCCACCGCGUCGUGUACGACAGCCGCCUGCAUGAUGCUUUCCGCGAUGCUAUCCACAAAGCGCAGCCUGAGACGACCCGGGCCGCAGCACUGAAGUUGUUGUAUCAUGCUAUGUGCAACUACUCGCGGGGAGAGGGCAAGAAGCUUCACGAUCCGUUGGCGAUGGCUGCAGUGGUUGACGAAACCGUGUGUCGUUUUGAAGAGGUGCGAGUUUAUCGAGACGCGAAGGGCUGGGGGUCCGUGCUCGAGACUGGCACCCGCACCUGGAUAAGCGUGGAUUAUGACGACGACAAGUUCCGGCAAGUUAUUCUGGGAUUGUCUUUGGAAUGCUUGACGGAGCGACACAUGUACAGAGUGAGCAGCAGUUCGAAAGACGACGAGCAGUUCAGCCUAAGAUCAGCAGAUCUAGGCGAGGCUGCGCAGCAAGUCGCACAGGAGGAGAAGAAGGGGUGCUGCUCUUUCUGUCGGCGGAGACGAGCAGACGGCAGUGAUGCAGGCGUGCUAAACCGAGCAGUCACCAUGAAGGCCACCUCAAAAAAGAAUCUGAAUAAUCUCUCGAAUGCGGGUGGUGGUGCAGGUGGGAACCAAGCUGCAACCACUGGCCAGAAUGGCAUGGUGGUUCCCAUGACGUUUUCUGAGAUGUUCAGAUUUAACUCGCAAGUGAUGGGGUUCGGCAUCGGUGGCUGGAUGGAGCAAAUUUUGAACUCCUUCGGAGACAUCGUCGUGAACGCAUCGGACGCUUUGCGACUGCACGAGGAGUGCGACUUGCUGUCGCUGCGGAUCGACAAGGUCUCUCGGGGUCAAGCCCCCAACUUGGCGCAAUUCAAAUCCUGCAUGUUGUCCUCAUUGCGAUCCCUGCUUCCAAAGGAAUGGGACACAAACUAUGAGGUUGCUUGGAAUUGGCUUUGGGAUAACGUCGCGACACUGCUUGUACAGACACUUGGCAGCUCCUACAAGUGGGAGGCAGCUGUGAACCAAUAUUUUGGUUCCGUCGGCGAGGAUGCGCGUUACAAGCUUCGCGCAGAGAUCUACGAACGCUUUUUUGCAUCUACCCCUGCUGGCCAAGAGUAUUUCAAGCAGUCGGACACGCGCUUGCAUUUCAUUGCAGAGAAGGUCUUCACGUUCUCCAUCGAGAUUUACGCAGACCCAUGGCAGUUAAUAGACGACCUCUCGGCAUUGGGGCUGCGUCACGUCGGAUAUGGCGUGCCGACCGAAAUGUUUGCACCCUUUGUCAAUGCGUGCGUGGAAGUCAUCAAGGAUGCCGUGGGCGACAAUGCCCUGGCACUGCAGGGUUUCAAGUGGUCUUUGGGAAUGGUGUCGAAGCAGCUAGUGAGGACCAUCGCAGAAGGAUCCACCAUCGUGAUGAAGGCAGUGAAUGCGAACUCGAAGAAGAUGUUGCAGAAGGCCAUCAGCUGUGCUCCUCGCGGCCAGCGCUUCCAGUGGCUGCUGAAGAUUCAGGUUGGCACGCAUUCGAUCUCUCCCCUCUAUUGGGCGAUCGAAAGCGGCAGUUUGGCAGCUGCCGAGGCUAUCAUAGAAGACCUCCUACUGAUUCGUGCAGACCGCGAGAAGUACUACUACGGAAAUGACGCGCUGUUCGAACGUCACCAGGACAUCAUCAAUCGCUUGUGCAGAGAGGCGCCAACCCUCAUUCCAACGCUCCUCAAUGGCUUGAUCUGGCGUUCUGCUAGAACGGAUUCCGGUCUUCGCCGCGUGAACUUCUACGUGAAGCAUCUGCUGGUGAAUCAGGAGGGUGAGCCGGCGGAGUUCCUCAGAGAGAUUUGCACCAUUAAAGACCCGAAGAUCAUGGUACACCCCGCGGUGGUGAUGGUGUCUGACACUCUGUGGGGAGGCAUCGUACGGAAUUCCUUCCUUGUCUCCCGCCUGUGGUUUCUGACCAGUUUACUGAUUUUUAUGCUGAGCGCGGCAAUCUUGCCCAAGACCACCCAGCUUGAGUCGAUUUGGGAAGUGCGGGUUGUGAUUUUCUUUGGGCGAACCUUCAUGUACAUGGUGACCAUGACCAGACUGCUGAUCAGAUGCAUCUGGAAGUGCGUCAAAGACUGUCGCCGUGGCAAGUGGUCCCGUGUGACAUGCAUUCGCAUUCCAAAGUAUCUGCACAACGCCAUGGCGAUGGGCAACUUGGUUUUGGCGCUGCUGCUUCUGCUGAUGUGCGCGUAUGAGCCGAUGUAUCACUGCCUGGUCUCUAGUCCCCAAGACUGGCCGACAGCCAAUUGCGAUGCCAUCGAGGACGUGCAAUACACCUAUGAGGGUGUGCGAUUUACCUACUCUGCCCUCGGCAUGAUAGCAAUGGCUAUACACUGGUUCCUCAUGGUGGACUUGGCUGUCUUUUCCACGGGGUUGUCAGCCUUCGUCCUCGUGUGUGCCCAGGUCUUGAGUGAGAUUGGCCGAUUCCUCGUUGCCUUGAUCUUCCUGCUCUUAACAUUUGGAAGUGCCAUCAGCGUCCUCCACCAUACGUACUUCGAGAUGCGAGACAUCCCGAACACUGUCCUGUGCCUGUUCUCCAUCACCGUGCUUCUGUACGAAGACGAUUACCGCACUCUCAUGGAAGACGAGCCUGCCUUACUUGCAGCAGUGCUGCUGUUCGUCUUGGCAUCGUCCAUCCUGCUGAUGAAUUUGCUCAUUGCCCAGCUGAACAGCUCCUAUGUUUACAUCUACCAGGACAUGGUUGGCUUCGCCCGGCUGAACCGUGCCCAAAAGAUUGUGGAGGCACUGGCCAACUUCAACAGGAACCAGUGGACGACUUUUAUUGAGAGCCUCGGGCUUGAUCAGCCACUGGAGUUCAACCAGGGCGACGUGGGAGUGGCGGGUGGCAUGCAGAUCACGGAGCCUGCCAGUGAGCAUGUGGUCCUGAAGGACUCCAUCCUGCGAUUCGGUGGAUCGUGCUCUGCAGAGCUGCAGUGGCCAGAAGAGACCAAGCACCGCGGCGACCAGGAGAAGCUGACGAAGAUUGAGUCCAUGGCGAGGAAGGUGCUUCGCAAAGUCGUCCAGGAGACUGCAGAGUGCAGACUUGUCUGCUGUCAGCUUGUUCGACUAGCCAUGGCCCAUGCCCGCUUUGCCGCAGGACAGCACAGGCAACAAGAAAGGCUCAUCGAGCCGAGGUGA